GGGAAGGACUGUAGGGCCGAGAGAAGGUGAUGUCAGCUGAGUUCAGAAAGUAAACAGAGUUCCAGACUGCAGCAUGCUGUCUGCGGGACGGGGACUGCAGCUGGGGCAAACCCACGGGGGGACCCGCACAAUCCCCUGGACCACUACCUUUGUCUCUGGGAAGGAGGGCUGGUUCCUCUUCAUCUCCCUCUUCAUCCUUAUCUCCUUACCCCAGGGGAGGGCCUGGCCCUACGAUUACAGGUAUUUAUACAACCACUGCCCGGGCCCAGAGUGGAACGUUAUGUGCAGAGGCUGCUGUGAGUAUGAUGUUAUCCGCUGUAAAUGCCCUCUGCAGGGGACGCCGGUGGGCUAUGCUGUGCCCUGCUGCCGCAACGCUAUCAAUGAGUGUGACCCCUGCAUCGUUCAUCCAGGUUGCAGUAUAUUUGAGAACUGUAAACGCUGUAACAACGGGACAUGGGGUCCCCGUGAUGACUUCUUCAUUAAUGGGAAAUACUGCGCUGAGUGUCGCCCCGGCUGGUCUGGUGGAGACUGCUUGAGGUGUGGGGGAGUCAUUCGCAAACGGCAGGGCCAUUUGGUGCUGGAGAGUUACCCCAACAACGCUCGCUGUGAGUGGACCAUACAGGUGGAUCAUCCCUUUACGAUAGAACUCAGGUUUAUGAUGCUGAGUCUGGAGUUUCACCAUUCUUGCCGCUAUGACUUCAUUGAGGUCCGAGAUGGUGACAGCAUUAACUCAGGUGUUAUCGGUCGAUUCUGCGGAAACAGCAGACCCACGCCGAUUCAGAGCUCUGGAAACAGUCUGCACAUCCUCUUCGUGUCGGAUGGCUACAAAAACUUUGAUGGAUUCUUCGCCACUUUCCAGGAGAACUCAGCUUGCAGCUCCUCUCCAUGUCUGCACGAUGGGACUUGUAUUCUGGAUAGUUCAUACACGUACCACUGUGCCUGUCUGGCUGGCUACACAGGCAAGAGGUGUGAAAACGUGGUGGGCUGCCAAAGGCCUCCAGUCCCCACCCAUGGAUCCACGGAGGGUAUGCUUCAUCACUCAGGGGAACGCAUCACUUUCCGCUGUGACCCUGGCUUUGAGCUACGGGGGGCUCAUAGUGCCAUCUGCCUCAGCGAUGGCUCCUGGAGCGCGCCCGCCCCUAAGUGUGUUCCAGUGGAAAGUGUCUGCUCUUUACCACCCAAGCCAAAACAUGGAGACCACUUCCUGGUUUAUGGACCCAAUGAUGUCCUGAUUGCCCUGCAGUACCUGUGCUACCAUCCCUAUGAGCUCAGCGGAAACUCACAGAGAACCUGCCUGCCGAACAACACCUGGAGUGGUCCUCCUCCUGUCUGCACCCAAGUGAAUAAUACUCUCCCUGAGGCUGAAAAAGACAAGACAAAAGACAAAGAAAAAGAUAUCUCCAGUGAAAAAGACAUCGGAAAAACUAAAGAGAAAGGUCAAGAGAACACAACUAGAGAGAAUGAAAGUGUUGGAGAAGGAGAUAUAAACACCCGGCGAGAGAAUACCACUGCAGUCGGCGGAGAAGAUAAAUCUACUGGUACCAUUCCAGAGAAAACAGUGGCUGAGGAUAAGACCAAAGAAGAGCCAGAGGAAAGUAAUACUGGGUCAGAGAAACCCACAGGAGGAAGUCAAGAUAAAGGGGAUCCUAAAAGCACAGACAACAGCUUGAACACAGUCGAAAAGAAAGAACCUGAGGUACAAAAGCUGCCGGGGAAAAAAGAAGACCCAAAUUUGGAUAUAGGAAAGACAGACAUCACAGAAAUCAUAGUGAUAAAAGACAAAGGACAAGAGGAGAAGGAGAGAAAAGACAUGCAGGUGAAUGGGAAAAGAGAGCCGGACAAAGUGGGACCUAAUGAUACCAAGCUGAGGACGGUGAUAUCUGAGGGUGAAAACACAGUGGAGAUAUUUGAACUGGAAAGGACAAAGAACAACACACUUCUACAUGGCACAAAGGACACACAGACUGAUAAUAAUACAAUCAUUUCUCUUGGGAGAAAAAUCAUUCCCUCUCGAGUUAAUAUCACUCAGUACACCAUGUACAGAGCAGGAGGUGAGGAGAAUGGGAGGGGAAAGGAAAAACAAAUAGUUAAAGAGGAAAAGAAGGUGGAGAAGACUGCUGAGAAAACAAAGGAGGAGCUGGAGAGGGAGAAGGAGAAAGAGAGGGAGAAAGAAAUCAACCAAAGCAUCAUUGAGAAAAGCUGCCCACCUCUGCCUCGCCUCUACCAUGGCUACCACCAGCAGGUCCCUGGUGUUCAUCCUGACACUGUGGAGUUCUUCUGCAACAACUCGUAUGCUCUUGCAGGUGACGCCCAGCGUACCUGCCAGUCUGAUGGAACCUGGAGCGGCAAACAACCUCUCUGUGUCAGAGCAUGCAGGGAGCCCAAAGUGUCAGAGCUGGUUAAACAAAGAGUUCUCCCUCCUCAGGCACCCUCAAGAAAGACCCCCCUACAUAAACUCUACUCCUCUGCUCUGGGCCGUCAGCUGCAGUCUGACGACCCCUCCAAAGUCCCCCCUCUGCUCUCCCAGCUACCUCAGGGCUUCCACCACCUCUACACACAUAUAGAGUAUGAAUGUGCAUCUCAGUUCUACCAACACUCUGGCAGCUCACGCCGCACUUGCCUGAAGACUGGGAAAUGGAGUGGGCGCCAUGUGUCUUGCUCACCAGUGUGUGGGAAGCAUCCAACCUUUGACCCAGAGAGGCCUGCAGAGGCUUACUGGCCUUGGCUGGCAGCCAUCUACCGCCGCUCCACCAACAGAGCAGCCGAGACAAAGGUGACCAAGGCUGAAAGCCUGGCAGGGUCCCUGAAGAAGAACGGUGGAGCGGGAAAUGGCAACUACAACCAGGCUUCUGACUGGCAGCUGGUGUGCAGCGGGGCACUGGUGAGCCAACGCAGCGUGGUGGUGGCGGCGCACUGUGUGACCCAGCUGGGGAAGGUGUAUCCUCUGGAUGCAGCCAAGAUCAAGGUUGUGGUGGGGAAGCACUUCAGGGAUGACCACAUUGAGAGUAAAGGUCUUCAACACCUAAGGGUGGCCUCCAUCGUUGUUCACACAAACUAUGACCCCCAUAUCCUCGACUCUGACAUAGCUGUUGUGAAGUUACUGGACAAAGCGAGGAUUGGAGAGAAGGUUUUACCCCUCUGCCUCUCAGAAAGCACAGGAGAAGAGGUAACCACAGGGCAGGGGCUCGUAACAGGCUGGUCUCCACUUCCUGAUCCAAAUUUAGGUUCUGAUGAGACGGCGAGGGUUGGCCUGGUCCGUCUUGCUGAUGUGGUCCCCUGUGAGCAGCAGUACGCUCGCAACGGCGUGCCGGUCAGUGUCACAGACAAUAUGCUUUGUGGCAGCCAGAAGCCUGACUAUCGGCCCUCUAACAUAUGUCCCUCUGACAUGGGGGGGAUCCUCAUCCUCCCUGCCCUCUCUGACAGCCAAGAUAGCCAUGACCCCAAGCUCUCUGUUGGAGUUACGCAGGCGCAGAGAGAGAGCAGAGGGCUGUGGAGACUUCUGGGACUGGUGAGCUUUGGCUAUGACCAAGGGGAGUGUGAUCCUGACCUCUACACUGUCUACACACAUGUAGCAAACUUUAAAGACUGGAUAGAAAACAAUUUGAAGUAAAAAAAAUCUACUGUUGUCCUCCUUCACUUCUAAAAAUGCCUUCAUAUCCUACAGCCCUCUCUUGUAUGUUUGUCUGCUUUUUAAUCUUUUCCUGGUGUUUUGCACAAGGGCAUUUUCUAACUCUAUUCAGCAGCACUGGAAACACUGGACAACACAGUGCUCUAACUGAAGGGGGUGCUAACACAUUAGAUGUGCCGGGCAUCAGGAGACUUCAGUGUUCAGGUCUCUAAAUCUGAGGCUACAGACUUGAAAAUGACCAGAAAACCAUCUGAAGGCUCCAGCUGAUGAUGGUUUUCAUUUUACCUUUUGGUAUGUACAUAUGCUGUAAUGUACUGAAUUAUUCAAUCAAUUCAUACAACUAAAGAGAUGUAUAUAUUGUACUGAUGGACAGAAAAGUCAUACGUUUUUGUACUUAUAAACUGUGGGUGUGGUAAA